UAGUGCAUCAAGGAAGAGAAAAGGGUGGAAUUGCAUUCAACUCUAAUUAUCUUUCGAGAGAAUAGACAAUUCUUGGAAAAGACUUCCACUCAGUCGAAAAAAUAUAAAUAAAGACACCACUUUUCUAUUUGCCCGUUUACUGGAGAAGAGGACACCAAAAUAUAAAGAUACCUUUUGACAACAAAGGACGCCUUUUAAAGUGAACACCUGCACUUUCAUAACGUUAGAAGUCAAUUAAAGGUCAACAACCGAUUCAGGUCGAUUCAUUCCAUCCAUCACUUGUACAACCCUGGACACUGAAAUGCCUGAGUGUGCUUGUAACUCGACUGUGAACUGUACACUUGACCUUUACAGCCGUAUGGAGUGGUUAGAAAUACUAGAUGUCUAUGCUCCAGUGGCUCUAGCUGUGGAUAGAUACGUGACGCCAAUAUGGUACGUGGUUGGGAUAAUAGGCAAUGCAAUUGCCUGUGCCAUAUGGUGCAGCAGUAGCAUGCGGAAAUCUAACACAGCGGCAUACUACCUGGCAGCUCUUGCAGCUUCAGAUUUGCUCUUUCUUAUAUUUCACAUUGUGAUGGAACUGAAAAUUGCGUGGAACAUAGCAACAAUCAAUUACCCUGUGCUUUGUGAGGUAUUCAUGAUCGUUUACUACACGCCCCAAUAUCUCUCCCCAAUGUUGGUCUUGGCAUUCACAGCAGAAAGAUUUUUUGCCGUCUGUUUUCCUCUGAAGGUUGGAUUGCACUGUACCAAACUACGGGCCAAAGUCACAGUGUUUGUCAUAAUAGCGGCUACGUUUUCCAUGUGCAGUCUGCAGGCAUAUUUAUGGCAAUAUAUUGGGAAAACAAAGACGUGUGAAUUUAGACCAGAGAUUUUUCAAAGCGAAGGGUCGUUUGGAAAAGUGUGGACGUGGUCUACAGAGUUGUUUGCAUUCGCUUUAGUUCCUCUUGUUAUCCUUGGUUUAAACAUUUGCGUCAUUAAGGCAUUGUGGGAGUUAACACCCCACGUACUUCCGGUCACCACACAACCAGGCCAUGCAACAGAGGUACACCCACAAGAUAACAACCAUGUCAAAACAGUUUCCACGUUCAUGUUACUUUCAGUUUCGUUUUUCGUGAUUUUCAUGACGUUGCCAGCGACCCUGGUCUACGCCCUGGGAUACGCAUAUGCAGAAGGGGACCCCUGUCUCUCAGACAUUGAAAUAAGAAACGACGCCAGAUGGCAGUCUUUCUUUGCCUUCAUAACUGCACGAAAGAUUAUUGAGGAAGUCUGUCUGUCGCACUAUGCGUGUAAUAUCUUCAUCUAUUGCAUCACUGGUACACGCUUUCGAGGCAUCCUUAUAAACAAAGUUAAAAAUUGUCAGUUUAUGCAGUCAUGUCAGUCGACGAAGAAUCAUGACAGUUGUCUGAUGUCUGUUAGGUCAUCUAGUGCUACUCACACGACAAAGUGUUAGAAGGCUUUUUACUAAUAGCCACUUAGGCCAGACAGUUGAACACGAAGCCCAUAAAGCGGGCUGUUACGAUAAAUGUGCUUCAGUGUAAUUCUACCGUACAUUUCAUAUUGAUUUUGCUCAAUUAGAAUAUUAAGGUUAGAUUUAUUUGGUUCUGUUCAUCCUAAUUCGACUUGUUAUGUUUAACAUCAUAUGUUGUAAAAUACGUUUUGCUUUAAGUCAGCCUUAAAGUGAUAGUGGGCCAUAUAACCAGUUCAGCAAACUACAUACAAUAUAACUGCGUAUUUGUUGGUGUUGCAUCCGUGAGUACGCCUACUUACAAGUGCGCAAAUCUCUUGCCAAAUGUCAAGUGGCCUGGAUAGAAAAAUUCUCGAACUUUUCAUUUCCUAGCAAUUAUCCGCUAUAUUAGGGAGAUUUGUAUGUUUUGCAAUUUAUUCUCUCCGCACAGAAGUCAGUAAGUGAACAUGUAAAAAAUACACUUAACGCGCUCUCGCGAAUUCCGAAACCAUAACCAUAGCGCUUGAGGCAAAUAAUAUUAGUCUAAAUAUUCUUUGAAAAGUAUCAUUAAUCGGUCCUCCUACCACUGGCAAACUGUUCUUGCUUCCUCUAUCAAGAACCAAUUCAUUCAUUUAGCUUCUCCAAGAAUAUUCACUAUUUUCCCAACAUUUGUUUUACUUUGAUUUUCCUAGGUUUUGUUUGGUAAAAAGGAAGGCUGAAUUGGCAUGAUGGAAUUGUCUUCACUUAAGCUGUUUUUUUUUUCAUAAAUGUUGACAAAGUUCUAUUGUCGUACUUAAAAUUUACUAGGGAGCUAUAUUUGAUAAAAACUGAAAGCGGGUUGAAUUCGGAAAUCAACAUGAUUGGUUAAUUUUCUCGAACCUGAUGGGCACAUUUUGUUGUCUUUUGGAACGCUGUUACGUAAAGUUUCCUUAUAUCCAAUAUAUAGUGCUACAUGGAGGAUUGUGCAUGUUAAAUCCAUGUCAAAAUCUUUUAUAUCUUAUUUUGCUUUGAAAGAAACAGCUGAAAUUUUGUGACUUAUUUGAAUGUGACUGUGCAGUUUCCCUCAUU